CUGAAUUGUUGACAAGGCAAGUUGGCCGCCGGUGGAGGAAGCAAAAGCCCUCGUUCACAGUCAGCGAUAACUGGUCAAAUUUAAGCAACUGAAAUGACCGACGUCUACUUUGCGGCUAGCUGUGAUACUGUUAUAGUUUAUCUUCUUCAAUUCCGUCCUCGUGUGGCUGCACGGUUGCCAUAACUAGCCUAUUAUUGUGGAUUUUGUUAAAUAGAUAGUUUUACCUGACCUGUGAUCCAUGUAAAAGGUGAACAAGAAGACACCAGAAAACAUUACGGCUGUCAGUAUGGACAUCCAAAACGAGAGGAGAAGGCUGCUGGAUGCGGACGAUGAAGAUGGGGAUCUUACUGGACUCAUAUCUGAGCAGGAUGCUUAUCUCAGUAAAGUGAAGAACAGGAACUUGUACCUGGCGACGUUUGCGUCUGUUCUGGGUCCCAUGAGCUUUGGCUUCGUGUUGGGGUACAGCUCUCCCGCCAUCCCCGAACUUACCAGCAUCACUACUGACCCAAGGCUGCGGCUGGACACUAACCAGGCUUCCUGGUUCGGGUCCAUAGUGACGUUGGGAGCGGCGGCCGGUGGCCUGCUGGGCGGCUGGAUGGUGGGGAAGAUCGGCAGGAAGCUCAGUCUGAUGUUCUGCUCGCUGCCAUUCGUCUUCGGUUUCACCAUCAUCAUCGCAGCACAGAACGUGUGGAUGCUUUACAUCGGCAGAGUGCUCACCGGCCUCGCCAGCGGGGUCACGUCAUUGGUCGUUCCGCUGUAUAUCUCUGAAAUGGCACACGAGCGGGUACGUGGGUUGUUAGGCUCCUGUGUGCAACUCAUGGUGGUGCUAGGCAUCAUGGGAGUGUAUCUCGCAGGUCUCUACCUGGACUGGCGCUGGCUCGCGAUCUGCUGCUCCAUCCCGCCAACGCUGCUGAUGGUCUGCAUGUGCUUCAUGCCAGAGACGCCCCGGUUCCUGCUGUCACAGGGCAAGAGGCGGGAAGCUGAAGAGGCGCUACGCUUCCUGCGAGGGCCGGACGCCCCCGUCGAAUGGGAGUGCGCCCGCAUCGAGGAGGCUUGUGAUGAGCAGGGCUCUAGUUUCCAGAUGUCCGACCUGAAGGACCCUGGUGUCUACAAGCCUCUGGUGAUCGGCGUCGUGCUGAUGAUCUUCCAGCAGAUGACGGGGAUCAAUGCCAUCAUGUUCUACGCUGAGACCAUAUUUGAACAGGCACAUUUUAAGGAGAGUGACCUGGCUUCAGUGAUCGUGGGUGUGAUUCAGGUCGUCUUUACAGGAGUGGCAGCACUGAUUAUGGACAAAGCUGGAAGGAAGGUCCUUCUCAUCAUCUCAGGGGUUGCCAUGGCGAUCAGCACCACAGCAUUCGGGGUUUACUUCUACCUGAUGUCCAAACUUCACAGCACCCCGUCGCUGAGCCUCUUGGCGCUGGACAUCCAGAGCAAGGCUGCCGAAGAACCCCACGCUGACCUGGCCUGGUUGGCCCUGGCCAGCAUGGCCGUCUUCAUCACAGGUUUUGCUCUGGGAUGGGGUCCGAUCCCCUGGCUUAUCAUGUCAGAGAUUUUCCCGUCCAAAGUUAGGGGCGUUGCUAGUGCUGUGUGUGUCCUCACCAACUGGAGCAUGGCGUUCGUCGUCACCAAGACCUUCCAAGAAAUGAUGAUUCUUCUAACCAGCGCUGGAACCUUCUGGCUCUUUGCCUCUAUGUGCAUCCUCAACGUCAUCUUCACCAUAGCCUUCAUCCCAGAAACAAAGGGCAAGACACUGGAGCAGAUCGAAGCCACUUUCAGAGGGACAUCAGGUCCAUGAAUCUCAGACCUCGUAUCCCUGAAACGACUGGUUCACAGGACACUGUGUGGGCAUUUAAAAAAAUCUUUGUUAAGCCUAUAAAGCUAUCAAGCUGAUUGACACUUUCUUAUAAUAAGUUUCUAUGACAGAAACAGAAAAGCCUUUUUUGUUCAAUCUGUUUCAUGGAGGUGUUGAUUCAACUGUGAUCAUUUUUGAUAAUUGUGGUUUAUGGUGCUAUUGAACUGUAUGGCUUUAAAUGACAGGUGUUUCCAAUAUUUUGCUCAUCCCAUACACACCAAUGAGGUUAAUUGGCAACUGGGUGUAACUCAUUUGUUUCUGUAGGAAGUCUGACCUUUAAAAUAUAAUAGCAUAUAGUUUUUCGCAGGUCAAAUCCUCUGAAUUUUAACAUAUCUAAAUGACUCCCAAGGAGGAGUGGAUUUAGAACAGGUUUAGUGUCCUAUGUUGAAUCUAAGUGUUACUGAUUGAUUGCCUGAGUGUGCUGCUACUUCCAGUAAAACAGCCCUACGCUGCCCUCUGCAGGUCUCACUGCUGUAGUUCCUCUGUUCAUGUUUAAAAUGUCCUUUACUCAGUUACUACAGCUUGACAGUUGACCAGUUUUGCAGAAAGCUUUAAAUCUGAAAAUCAUGUGCAUAGUAAAAGUUUUAUAUAGGACCAUAGGUCUUUCGUACUUUCAGGUUUGAAUGCUUUACUGUGAAGUUUCAGAGUGUAAUUGGUGUUAAGGUAUACUCCACCCUAAAUCUUUCUUUCG